AUGUUCCGUGCUGCACUUGCAUCUUCUUCGCGUGCAACUCUCGCCUCGUCCUUCAGGACGUUCCACACAACGCCGUUCGCCGCAGAGUCGGUGACAGACAAGGCCAAGAAGGUUGCACAUGAUGUCAACAUCAAGGUCGGCAAGAAGCUAGCCGGUGCGAUCGAGACGGGCGAGCAAGUAACAGAGGCAACCAAGGAGACGAUCGCUAACUGCGGCAUAGGUGCCGGAAGCGUUAAGGAGGCGGCAGACAAAGUCAACAAGCAAGCCGGCCGUGGACUUGCCUCUACCAUUGAGAAGGGCGAGGACGUGACCGAGAAGACCAAGGAAACCCUGGGUAAGCCUGAGUGGUCACCAUCGUACGUUACACUGCAUGGUGCAGGUACGGCAUCUGCACAGACUAAACAGACCGCCGCGAGGACUGCCCAAGAGACGGAGGAGACGGCGAAUGUCGCGAAGCACAAAGCAAAUCAAACUGCUGCCGGUGCCCGGGAGGGCAAGGAGGAUUUCAAAGCGGACGUGCAGAAAGAGCUACGAAAGUAG